AUGGCCGAGGUGCAAGCCGCGACGGUUAAGAAGCUGGGUGUCAUUGGUGCUGGACAGAUGGGUCUCGGGAUCGCCCUCGUCGCCUCUCGUCAAGCCGGUGUCCCCGUCGUCCUCGUCGACACCACCCAGGCCGCACUCGACAAAGGUCUCGCGUUCGCCGAUAAGCUUUUGAGCAAAGACGUUGGCAAGCAAAGGAUCAGCCAAAGCGAUGCGGAUGCCGUGCGCGGGCGUCUGCAGACUACGACCAAAUUCGAUGACCUGGGAGAUGUCGACUUUGUGAUCGAGGCCGUUCCUGAGAUUCUCGAUUUGAAGCUCAAGAUCUUUGCGCAGCUGGCGGAAGCUGCGCCCAAACAUGCGAUUCUCGCGACAAACACCAGCUCGAUCAGCAUCACGAGGAUCGCGGCCGCGACCACCAAGGACCCUAAAGACUUGUCGGCCUCUUCGCGAGUCGUGAGCACUCACUUCAUGAACCCGGUGCCGAUCCAAAAAGGUGUAGAGAUCAUCUCCGGUCUGCAGACCUCCCCCGAGACGCUAGCGACCGCCAUCGCGUUCUGCGAGCGCAUGGGCAAAAUCACCUCGACGUCCGCCGACAGCCCUGGCUUCCUCGCCAACCGAAUCCUGAUGCCAUACAUCAACGAGGCCAUCAUCUGCCUCGAGACCGGCGUCGGCGACGAGGCGAGUAUCGACAACAUCAUGAAGAACGGUACGAAUGUGCCCAUGGGACCUCUGCAAUUGGCGGAUUUCAUCGGCUUGGACACGUGUCUUGCCAUCAUGGAGGUGUUGCACGGACAGCUGGGAGACUCCAAGUACCGACCGAGCGUCCGACUGAGGCAGAUGGUGGAUGCGGGUUGGUUGGGACGUAAGUCUGGAAAGGGCUUCUACACUUACUAG